AUGCUCUAUCAUGACAUCCUUGGUGGCCGGGUCGAGCUUCGCAACCCUCGAGAACAUCUUUCCGCCCUCUUCGCUGGCUCUUUGACGACCGUCUCUGGCCUCGUGGUCUGCCUCGACGCUGACUACCUCUGGUGGAUCAAACUGCUUGGCUGGAUGGUAUCCUGCGACCUGUUUGCUGACGUGAAACACGCGGACUUGUGCAAGGAAAGUCGCUUUCCGAGCAAGGCCAGUCAGUCUGACCAUUCAUCAUCCCUCGACCAUACCACGAACCCGGCCCAGCCCAACCACCCCUCCGACUCCGUCCCUCUAUCGUCGCUAUUCCUUAACACGCUGCACGAUGAAUUCCCAGCGCUCUCUCUCGACUGCGUUCCAUACCGCCAUUUAGAAUCUUACAUCCGGCAUCUGCAGGCCGCCCUCGCACCCGGGGCCUUCCUUGUGCUCGGUCUCACCUCGCGCCCCGCGAACGCUUCCUUCUGGUCCCCAUCCACAAUCCUCACAGCAGUUCCGUUCUUUCCUCGUUGCUUCCUCAAUGACAGGGAUCAACAACACUCUGCCGCGCAGCGUACGACGACACCGCUCUUUACAUCCAUUCUCUCAGUCCUUCAGCUGCUCACCACCGGCCCGAAUAUGCUUACUGUGGAAGUGGCGCGAAACAUUUCCAGGGAAUACGCUCACUUCUUGCAUGGCAGUGUGGACCGCUUGGAAAAUGAUCCGUACACUAGGGCCGCUUUCGUUCGCCAAUGGGGGAUGCAAGCUUGGGUUGAGGAGCGGCUAUGCACGGCCUGGGAGGCGGGUUUGCUGGACGCGGGUUUGCUGGAGGGAUGGGCCAUUGUCGUGUGCAAGCCGGAAUGA